CCCCACCGACAACUCCCCUUGCUUCUUCUUCCUCUUCCGUACAAUAUAAACAGAGCGGGCCCUCACUCCACUCGGUCUCGACUCAGCGCCCGAGAGAAAAAAGCGCAAAGUAACUUCAUUUCAUUGCAAGAAACUUAAAACCAAAAGUUUCAUCGAUUGUCUGAAACUUACUUUUCAUUCGGUCAUCGAAGAACCCAAAACAAAGCUUUGAGGCACUCAAGUGAGAAAAGGGAUAGAAGAAGAUUGUUCUGCCCCUUGAAUGAGGAGUAGGUCACUUCAUGACAUUCAAUUAACGAGUUUUGGUAGGAAUAUCAGUUGCUGUUUUCUCCCUUAUCACAGCUUCUUCAUUAAUUGUAGUUAAAAAGUGAAUUGACUUCAAGUAUGAAAGAGACUGGCAAGAGGAAAAAUUUAGCUAAUGUCCAAUCAAAGCGCUCUGGAAUAAGUGAAAGGAGAAACAAUAAACCACAAAAAGAGAAUGGUGGAAAAACUUUGAGGGCUAAAGAAACUGAAUCCAAAGCUUUAAAAGCUAGAUCAGACACUACUUCUUUAGUAUGUGAUUCAAAUGUGGGCUCUGAGCCCACUGAAGUUUAUGAAAACGUGGUUAUACAUUAUGUGGAUGAUGUUAACAGGUCUGAAGAAACAUAUCAAGAUCCAAAAGUUAAUGCAAUGACAACUAAAGUAAAAAAGGAUGAAAUUUUAGAUGAUCACUCCGGUGAUCUGGAGGGAGAAACAAGUCAGGGAAAGGAAGAAGAAUCAGAUUCUGAGACGAUAAAAGAUUCAGCAUCAUCUCAAGGAGAUUCCUUGACAGCUGAGGAUGAGAAACAAGAGAGUGUUUCCGGAGUUUCCAAUAACAACCUCUCAGAUAGCUUUUCCCAUGGUUCCAGAAUGGGAUCUGAGCGUGAAACUAAUAAAUUGCACUCAAAGGUAUUGAAUAGUACUCCUCAGAAAUCUACAAAAUCUAAUGGAGGGCUUCCUAAGGAUGCUACCAGUAGUUCCUUAGAAAAAAAUUCCAAAACCUUGAAAGUUUCUCCUAAACCUCCAUCUGAGUCUUUAGAAGGAUCUAAUGACAAGCAUGCUGAAGAGGUAAAAGAAAUUGCUGUUUUGGAUGAGACAUCAAAUGGCACUCAAAUUUUUGGAAGUGACAAUGAGCCUGUUGAUGCCGAAGACAAAUUUCAAGUUGCAGAUGAGGCUGCUUUAAGUGAAAAGAUAGAAGAGAUGGAGACAAGAAUUGAGAAACUUGAAGCAGAGCUGAGAGAAGUAGCUGCCUUGGAAAUUUCUCUUUAUUCUGUUGUUCCAGAGCAUGGGAGUUCAGCACAUAAAGUGCACACACCUGCUCGACGCCUUUCUAGACUCUAUAUACAUGCUUGCAAACAUUGGACACAAAACAGGCGAUCCACAAUUGCUAAAAACACAGUCUCUGGGCUCAUUUUGAUUGCGAAAUCUUGUGGUAAUGACGUUUCAAGGUUAACCUUCUGGUUAUCAAACAUCAUAGUGCUGAGGGACAUCAUUUCUCAAGCAUUUGGCAAUUCAUGCAACUCAAGUCCACAUACACGGCUUGCUGAGUUCAAUGGCAGUAACAAAAGCAGUGAAGUAAAGUCUACAACUCUAAAAUGGAAAGGUGGUGGUGGUAUUAAACAAGUUAAUGGUUUUGUGCAGCUUGUUGAUGAUUGGCAAGAGACAGGAACCUUCACAUCUGCACUAGAAAAAGUGGAAUCUUGGAUAUUCUUUCGAAUAGUUGAGUCAGUAUGGUGGCAGGCUCUUACUCCUUAUAUGCAACCUCCUCUUGAGGGUUCAUCUGUCAGCAAAACAAGUGGAAAGAUGUUGGGGCCAGCCUUGGGUGACCAACAGCAGGGAAGUUUUUCUAUCGACCUAUGGAAAAAUGCUUUCCAAGAUGCUUUGCAACGAAUUUGUCCUGUUAGAGCAGGAGGUCAUGAGUGUGGUUGCUUGCCAAUUAUAACAAGAAUGGUUAUGGAACAGUGUGUUGCAAGGCUAGAUGUAGCAAUGUUCAAUGCUAUUCUUCGGGAGUCAGCCCAUGAGAUCCCAACAGAUCCUGUAUCUGAUCCUAUUGUAGAUUCAAAGGUUCUGCCAAUACCAGCUGGAGAUCUUAGCUUUGGAUCUGGUGCUCAGUUAAAAAAUUCUGUUGGUAAUUGGUCUAGUUGGCUGACUGAUAUGUUUGGCAUGGAUAGCGAUGAUGUUUUAAAAGAAGACCAGCAUAACAGUCAAGAUGAUUUCAGACAAAACGGAGAUGACGAAUGUAAAUCCUUCCUUUUUCUUAAUGCCCUGAGUGAUCUUCUAAUGCUUCCGAAGGACAUGUUAAUGGACUGUUCAAUCAGAAAGGAGGUGUGCCAACCAAUAGGUCUUCCGUUGGUUAAACGCAUUCUCUGCAACUUCACUCCUGACGAAUUUUGUCCUGAUCCUGUUCCAGGAGCCAUACUGGAAGCCCUGAAUGCUGAGAGUAUUGUUGAGCGGAGAUUAUCAGGGGAGUCGGCUAGAAGUUUCCCUUAUACAGCUGCCCCUGUUGUCUAUAGUCCAUUCUCAGCAGAUGUCACAGAAAAAAUUGGGGAGGCAAGAGGGAAGCCGAAGCUAUGUAGGAAAGCAUCAGUGGUACAGAGGAAAGGAUAUACCAGUGAUGAGGAACUGGAGGAAUUGAAUUCCCCACUAACAUCAAUAAUGGAGAAAUUGCCAUUAUCUCCAACAAUUGUUGAGAAUGGAUGUCUAAAUGGAAAACAUGAGCAUCAAGGCUAUAGUGUCGUAAACGCAAGAUACGAACUCCUCCGGGAGGUAUGGUCUGCGUGAGUGUUUUAAGUUAGUUCUUUGUGUAUAUUCUUGUAUGGUUAAUUCAGUUAUUGGAAUUAUAAACCCAGAAGUUUAAUAUUUUCUCCCAUUUUUGCAUUCAAUAAAACUCGUUCCUUUUGCUGUUUUAUCUCUUAUGUUGGUUCACCUAUCAAACUGGAUUCUUCAUCAAUGUAGUGCAAAGAUUCAACGAACGAGUUUGCGAGCAUAUUCUCUUAAAAAAGGCACUGGAUUCUCUUAAAAACAGAAAAGAAACAUACACUCCUAAACAUGAUUAACAUUUCAAUAAGCAUAAUCUCAUCCAUCAGUUCUUUUCCUCUUUCAAGCUU